GCUUCGUACUCAACAGGAAGUUUCGGAGUUUCUGGUGCAAGGAAGAAAUCAAGUCGAGCUAGCACUGGCACAGCCAGAACCGCAGCUUUCGCACUAUCUCACGGAAUCAUUUGCCAUCAUAAGCGAUCCGGAUUGCAACGCCCUUUACAGGUGGUGCUUCCUGGAUUGUGUUCAGAAGAAGAUUGCAGGGACCAGAUCAGAAGAGCAAGCAAAAGAACAAGAACGACUUGGUCAGGAAGGGCAUUGGGACUCCCUCGUAAAGACGUACACCCAAGCAGGCUUGGUAGAGGCACUGGUAGCCGUCUCUAUGAACGGACCAAUGAAACUACAGGAAACGUUGAGCACUGUAUACGAAAUCACUCCUCAGUUCGUGGCGAUGGACACCAUCAAGUCACUGCUGUCCACUGGUAGUAUCCAAGAAUGUUCACUGCUAUUCGACAAGUUGCGCAAACUUGCGUUUCUCGACUUUUGUUUAAGGCGUGUAAACCACGGUGUGAUGUAUUGGCGUAUAACCGCCAUCAAGAUGCUAGAGCACCUACUAGUAGCGAACAAGUUUAAUCUUGCCCAAACCAUUUCCUCCUCAUCUGUUGGCGCCAUUCUAGAAACUCUAUGCACUUGCGCCCUUCAAGAUCCAGACCUUAACUCUCAGGAGCUGAACAACCCAUACACAAGCUGGCAGCAUAACAUGUAUCCCGAUUUUCGAAACACGAGCCUGUGGAACCAAGAUGAUACCACCAGGCAAUGCACCGAUAAUCGUAUCUUUGGCCUUGUUCAACAGGAUGCCAUGCAAGCAGUCUAUGCUAUUGCUUCGUCGAGUGAAGCGGUGCCGCUGAGGCUUUGGAGCCGUAUUCUAAAGCGCAGGCCUAUCGUCAUAGAUCUACUACUGGACUGCACAAUCCUGGAGCGUCCGACGUAUUAUCCCGAGUCCGAUGCAGCAGCUCUGGCUUGCGAGAGCUUCAACGCAAUGUUCCGCUCCCCUCGAUACCUGAUCCCAGGAAUAGCUGUCCCAGCCGAACUAGCAUCGGAGUUACUAGAUCUGCGGCACGUCACAGAGGCACUGAAACUCCUCACGCAAAACCAGGAUUGGUCAGAGAGAAUCAUAGCUAUCUUUACCAAGCAAGAUGAGGAGGACGAGAUUGCGAUAAGAGAAAAACUGCGUAAACCCGAUACCUUGAUCCCAAAUGCGCCCAAAGAGACGCUUUACAAUAGCAUUCAGAGAGAUCACGUUCGAGCUCGCGUUGCUAUGCUUCGUCUUAUCAUCUCUCUCUCUCACGUCUCCGACCACUGCGGGAUCAAGAACAUCGAAAUCGAGUCAUUCCUACGUAUCGCAUACGAGGCAUUGACGGAUACAACAUCCCAAAAGUACCUUCAUGGCGAUCAAAUACCAGACGGCAUAGCGACGGGGGUUGAAAGGAUGAACGCAGGCCCACCGAUGGACGUUCUGGGUGCUAUAGCUCUCAUCCGCUUGCUCGCAGUCCUUGCACAUCGGAAUGGCCUCACAAACAUACAGCUGCUUCAUAAACCUCCCCAUGGCCUUUCUUCUACGACGUCUUUGGCUCAGAUUCAACAAAUAACACAUCCAGAUGUCAUUCGGCGCGUCAUCGCAAUAUGUAUCGAUAAAGCUAACAGUCAGGUCGAAGCAGGAAGUCAAUGCACAAUCCUGAGAAAAGACCUCGUUGCCUGCACACGGGCAUGUAAUGCAUACCACUCGGCAACUGAGCUUCUCGUGGCGCUCGUGGGCCUCAACGAUCACUCCGGCUCUCUAUAUGGAAAAGAAACGCAAGGCGUGCGGCAGAUGCUAGCAAAAACCUUAGGGAGUGCGGCUUCCCUGUGGCUGCAUCUCAAACGCUACAGCUCGGCGUACGCUUGCGCGGUUGCGGCUGUGAGGACAGCGGAAGAUAUACCGGAGUCUGAGGGUCGGAAUCCAGCUAUCAUUGCCAUGAACAGACGUCGAGCUCUAGAAGCAAAGAAGGGGAUGGAAACUGACCACCAUCAGUACAAGUAUGUGCUACGACUGUGA